CUCGAAGCUACAGUCAACAACGGCAGUGAUUACAAAUCAGUUGCAGUCCAUCCUCCCCAACUGACAAAUCAGUGCAUAAUGCAUCGUGUUCCAGUACAUCAAAAAAAGAGCUUAUUUUGUUUCAAAUGGCUGUUAAUCACGCUAAUCGUCACCUCAAUUAUUGAGCCAAGUGCGGAGUCAUCCGUCAAGAAAAUGCUGGACGCAAAUAGUAAUCGGCCGUUCAUGUAUAGCAUGUUGCUUAAAUAUCCCAUGUUGAAUACGGAAGCCGGUUUGAGCCAUACGAAUAGGCAUGCCAUUCCGGUGCUAGGAUUACCCGCUAAAUUCCGCGCCCGGCCGACUAUGUGUCGUGGAAAAAGGCUCGACUCCAUGGGAUCAUUCAGUCCCGAAAAUUAUAUCACGGCCGACCAGUGCAUGAUUAUGGGUGGCGAUUGUUGCAACUUGAGCCCAGCAUGGGGCCAUGCAGCCAGCAACGAUCCGAGUUAUAUGAAGCCAUUGGACCGAUGCCAUGGUUGCUACGACACCAGCUUCACAGUUCAAUGUACGGGAAAUGUCUUGCGAACUCGUGAAAGAUUCGACGAAGAAGACGAUAACGUGAUCAGCCCAAACCAAGUAACGGCAUCCACGUGCAUCGGGUUGGGUGGCCAAUGCUGCGAUCCACGCUCCGCCCUUGAAUUGUUCGGUAGUGGCCUUGGGGUCUUUGAUCCGCGACGGUACCCGCGGGAAGAACAUUGCGCCAAUUGUUUCUCCGGUUCAGCGUACAGACUGGAAUGCACCGGAAAUUUGUUACAAUCCGAAUCGCACACGGCUGACGUUUGCAGACAAUUUGGCGGCCAAUGUUGCCAAGAUAUUUAUGGCGCCUUCAAUCCGGCACAUUAUCCCAACAGGGAUUGUUCCAUCUGCUUCUCCGACUCUGUGCAGCCACAGUAAUCCAAUUGGAUUUUUAAAAA